CCAGCGAAUAGCGAAUGAGCGAACUGCGCGAGCGAAGAAAACAACAUUUUGGUCCGUUCGAGUCGGGUGCGUGUUAGGGUGUGAGUGCGUUUGUUUAUGAAUUUGUGCGGCAGCCCAAUUAUGAACCAUGCAAAGUGACAUCGGAAUCGGUGCGGUCAUGACGGCCAUCUCGCCUGGCUGCGCAGCCCCCGCGCUCUCUUCGAUGCCGCCCCCGCUCAGCCCCCGGGGGUUGCAGGUUCGGGAGGCUGGACGGGCACUCAAGGUGCAGCACGCCGAGGUACCCCAUUUGGUCAGCCUAGGCGGUGGCAGGCUCAGUACGUCCGUCACCCUUCACCCGCUGCCGCAAGGUCGCGUUCUCAUCGGCUGCAGCGACGACGUGGACAUCAGGGUGGAGGGCACCGGCGUCGAGAGACAUCACUGUCUGCUGGAGAACAACUCCGGAGUGGUCACCCUCACCCCCUUGGCGCAGAACACGUCGAUUGAUGGCGUUCCAGUCACUGCUUCCACGCGUUUGACGCAGGGAAGCAUGCUCGGCAUCGGCCGGUCUAACUUUUUCAAGUUCAACCACCCUGCGGAGGCCAACUACAUGAAGAGCGUGAUGCCAGCCAACACGCGAAUUUCCAUGAUGCAGCCCCUAGUCUCUCCAAUGGCUGCUUUAGAGACUCCAAACUACAGCCUGCAAACGCCAAUCGGUUUGAAUAAACCACCAGUCAGAGGCACAAAGCCGUGGACCGAGGAUUGGAUCAACAAUUCGAUCUCUCCAAAGGUGUUCCACGCAGACACUGUCACAGUCAACUCACCAGCAAGCGCCGUUCUGGGCCAGUCCCCUCUCGGCAUGAACGCAUCUGGCUCUUCUUUUGUUCAGAGGACCUCAUCCCCGUCACCUUUACUGGGAAAUGGGGCAUCUGCGCAUCGCCGAACCCUCUCUGCCGGAAGCGGGAGGCUAAGUCAAACGGAGAGAGGAAGCCCCCUCAUGACCCGAGCAUCUCCGGUUCCGUGCAGUCCCUCGCUGAGUGGACACGGAGGCUCGUCGUGCAGCCUCCAAGAGCUAAUGGCGCGUGGCGAGGAACUGGAGCUGAGAAGGCUUCAGGCACAAGAGGAAAGGCUGAAAGAGCAGGAGGCUGAGAGACUAGAGAGGGCCCGCCUCGAGGAGAUCCUCACCAUGUGUGCAGAGUACGAGAGACAACAACAGCAGCAGCAGCAGAACCCCGAAGCAGGUGCCAAACAACAGCCCUCGCCGCCGCCCCCAAGCGGCACCCCUCCCGUGCACCAAAAUAGAAGCUACAACAACGUUCUUCUUCUAAAUCAAUUCUCACUACUAUAUCCGAUCAAAACGAAUGGAUCGCUGCCGAGGGACAAGCGGCUGCCCAGUCCGAGGAUGAACGACUCGCCCGCCAAAGGUGCAGUCUCUCCAGGCAAGAAUCUGACCGCCUCUGAGGACGAGCUGUCCCAAAUUUUCACGUUUGACGCCCCCCGCCCCGGAACGUCGCCACAGCAGCGCAGCCCUUACGAGAACGUGUACCCGCAAAGUCCGAGGACCCGAAUCCGAACCACUACAAAGGAGAUGGAAAACGCCCCACCGAAGCCGCCGCUGCCCAAAGAGAUCGCCAACAUGCCCCUGCUCAAAGCCAUCGAGGCCCAGAACAGAGCCACGUCCUCUGACAGGUUCAUCCGACCCCUGGGCACCUGCGACGGCGCUCUCGAGCCGCAUUUGAAGCAGAUGGGAGGCAGCUUGCCCAACAGUCCCGCUCCUAACUUCAGCCACGGAGUCCGAAGGAGGAGCAUGGAGGAGGCUGAGCAAAUGAAGAGGGAAAGGAGCAGGAUCUUGAGCUCAAUGUCCAAUAUCAAAAGGACUGUUGCAGAAAUCCAACUGCACGAGGAGGAACUGGUUCGAGAGCUCGAAAUGGAAAGGGCUCUGAUUGAUGGAGAGUGGCAGAUGCAAUGUGAAACGUUUGCUCAAGAGGAGGAACAUUUGCUGGAACUGAGGCUGCGCUUGGAGCAACUGGAUAGGGAUAUCAGUACUGCUAGAUUGUGUGAGGCAAGGCAUUUGGCGGACUGCAGAGCAAGAAUGGAGCAAGGAGAGUUAGAAGUCAGGAGGCUUGAGCAACAGCUCGUGAUGUGUAGAGGCAGCAGGGAAGACCAGAUGGAAAUUUCUGAGCAGCUUCGCCACCAACAGGAAAUUCUGGAGGCAGAGAGAAAGACUUUUGAGGACCAAGAGUUCCAGCACAUGGAGCAGGAAGCAAUGUGGGAGGCUGGUCGGGAAGAACUUUCUCGGGAAAUUGGCGAUGUAAUGGCGAACAUUGAAGAGCGUAAAGCGACUUUGAUUGAACUGGAGAGCCAGCGGGAGGAGGCGGCAGAGGCGGCCAUGAACCAUACCGAACUGGUGGAAAGGCAACUGGACACUCCUCUGAAGCAGCUGGAGGAGGGUCGCUUCCGCUUGAGGGAGAUCGAAGCGCACUUGAAAGAGUUGACCAAAGAAGGCGUUGUGCCCACCGGAGAAUCUAGUCCCGAAGGUUCCUCUGAAGCUGAUGAGAUCUCCCCUCAGCCAAGUCCGCAAAAGAGUUCUGCGCUGAGUCCUCAGGAACUUGGAGAGAGAAUCAGCCAAGUGACCUCUCAGGCGCCCAUUGACAUGAAAAACGGCUCUCUGGGCAGGAAAACAAUUGAAUCUCUCAAAGAGAUAGAGAAGAACAGACAGCUUCUGUUGGCAAAGCAGGGUCGCGAAGUGAUAGAGGAGGAAAGGAACCGUGUUCAGGCGUUGAAACGCAGAGUCCAGGACGAAGUUAGAGCACAGUGGGAGGAACGGAGACAGCGUGAGGCAAACUGCAAUAGCCUCAACAGUGUUGGCAGCGAGGAGUCAACCAGCAGUGACAUGCCAACGGAAAGUGCAAGCAGUGACGAGGCAGUUGAGAAGCAAAUGAAACCUGCCACUGAGUCUCCAACUUCGUCCCAAGAAGAAAAGGACUUGAAGGACAUAUCAGAUCCAUCACAGGUGAAGCAGCAAGAGGCAGAGCGAGAUCUGUCAGACACCAGACCUCUCUCGGACUCGUCCAGCUACGAGGACCAGCUUUCUGUCAGACUGAGGGACGCAAAACUCUCGCCUAGAGCACAGCAACGUCCUCUGACCCGAUACCUGCCAAUCCGAAGUGAGGCCUUGGACCUGAAAGCGCACAUUGAGAGUGCCGGACAUCAGGUCGAGCUCUGCAAUCAUGUUGUUCUUGACAACAUCUCUUGCCGUGGCUAUCUGCACAAAAUGGGAUCCAAGUUCCGAACCUGGCAACGCCGGUGGUUUGUCUUCGACCGCACCAAGCGCUGCUUCACCUACUACUCGGACCGCAACGAAAAGAAAGCCAGGGGUGGCGCGUAUUUCCAGGCUAUUGAGGAAGUUUAUGUGGACCACCUAAACUCUGUGAAGAGUCCUCAUCCUGGGCUGACAUUCUGUGUAAAAUGCUCAGAGCGCACGUACCACCUGAUGGCGCCGAGUGCAGAGGCGAUGCGCAUUUGGAUAGACGUGAUCUUCACCGGUGCCGAGGGCUACCAAGAGUUUGGCCCGAGUUAAAUUCCUCUCCUCCUCUGCAAUCAUUUGGUUCGAAACACAGUGACUGUUGCUAGUUUUUCUAAGAAAAGACUGUUGCGCUGCAAACAAAUGCGAGUGCUAGUUAAGACGUGAAAGAAAAAUUUAUAAAAAAUGCCAAUCUCAGGGUAAAUGGUAAAAUGAAAUAAGAGAAAGAUGCUCAUCCCUGCAGUGCUGCUUUUUGCCGUGUUUUGUAAUAAUGAAUUGGUGCAGCGUUUAUAUUGUCUUGCUGGGCCACCUCCGAGACUACUUCUUAGGUACAAACGAUGAUAAUCUCAAAAAAAUCUUGAACGGUGGCAUAUCUCGAAUCUAAGUUGUUGAAAAAAGCUUGUUGCUCAAUUUUCGAGCUGGAUUAAAAUGGAAGGGGCUGUUUGUUGGAGGAACAGCCAAUUUAGCAGGGUUCGGAAAAGCGCUGACGCAUGAUUUUUCAUUUUUCAUUUUAGCGUCUGGCUUGCGGCGCUGUAUUAAAUGUUGUAACUUGUUUUAACUUUGCCCUGUCGUUACACAAGAUUUUAGGUUACCUGAUUCGUUUGCGUUUGGUUCGCCACAGUCAGAAAGUUGAGGCCCCGAACCCUGCAACCUGUCAUAUCAGCGCUCAUAUUCACUCAGCACACAAUCACUAUUGCCAUGUAUGGCAACUAGGCUAAAUUAUUCGGAGUUGUAAACACUUAGCUGUGUAAAAAAUAUUACUCACUGCCAGACAUCUUAAGCUGGCAGGCUUUGAAUCGAAAUGUCCUACAACCAAAGUUAAAAACGAAUCAAGUUGGAAAAAUAUUGUAAUUUAAAGUACUACGAAGGCAUUUAACCAGUUUGCGUGUGGGCUGCAUUUUCAAUGCAUGCAGGAUACAAUCUUGGUGGUAUUAGAUUUUCGGAUUUUGUGAGAAAAUAAAAUUAUGUCAGAAAUGUGCUACAUACACAUACGUUUUCAUGCUACAUUUAAUUAAUGAAAUAAUCAUUGCAAAGAAAGAAUACCAACCAACAACUGACAACAUAGAACAAUAGAUACAAUAAAUAUCAUUAUCGCAUAACAUUAUUGUAUAAUCAACCUGUGCAGCCAUGUAUGAGAUGUGCCUUUGUACAUAUACAUUUAACUAUGUAUCAAUAAUUACAGGAACAAUAAUAGCUACAACCACAAUUAUUCGAAACUCAAA